CCAGGGGCAGGCGCAAGGGGACACUCUCGCCCGGGCACCUGGCAACUGCUUUUUUUUUACUGCCUCUCCAGCCAUACCAGCCCGGUCCGUCGCGCGUCCUGCCAUUCCCCUUCAUACCUAUAUAUCCUGCCAUCCCGCAAGCAUACAAUCCGCUGCCGGCUUGAGAUCUCGACCUCUGCUUUCUUCUGAUUUGCUACGCCCUCUCGAGUUCCCCUCCUGCUGUCCGAAUUCCCUCCCCCGGUCAAAAGACGGUGUGCUUGGCCGUGUAGUUGGAUGUUGUUCUUGGCGUGUUUACCUGCAUGUCGUCUGCCGCCCGUGGCCCAGCUCCUCAUAUCGAUUGCUUAUAAACCCACGCGCGACCCUCCACCGAAUAUUUAGCUUCCCUAUGCUCUUGCUGCCCAUUUGCUACCUAGGCUCCGGUGGUAAUCUGGGUCGGUGUUGGCCGUUGACGGGUGCAUGUGUGGGUGGCCUGGUGGGCACUAUAUAGACAUCUAUCGUGGUCGGGGGCAGUAGAGAAGCAGCCUCCUCUGACUCGUCGAUAUGGGGAUUCAAGGUCUACUCCCGUUGCUUAAAUCAAUACAAAGACCAGCAAGGCUAAAGAAGUAUGAUGGCGAGACUUUCGGUGUUGAUGCCUAUGGCUGGCUGCAUCGAGGCGCUGUCUCCUGCGCUAUCGAGCUUGCUCAAGGCAAGCCAACCCGCAAGUAUGUGGACUUCGCCAUGAACCGUGUGCGCAUGCUCAAGCACUUUGGCGUAACGCCGUACCUGGUUUUCGAUGGUGGUUUCCUGCCCAGCAAGAGCUCCACGGAGGCGUCUCGCGCGAAGCGCCGAGAGGAGUGCAGGAAAAUCGGCCUGGAGCUUCUGAAGGCUGGCAAGCCUUCUCACGCACAUCUCGAGCUCCAGAAAGCCAUCGAUAUCACCCCCGAGAUGGCCCGCCACCUGAUCGAGGAGCUCAAGAAGGCUAGUGUGCCCUAUGUAGUGGCGCCCUACGAAGCCGACCCGCAAUUGGUGUAUCUGGAACGUGAAGGCCAUAUCACCGGCAUCCUGUCGGAAGAUUCGGACUUGCUGGUCUUCGGAGCCAAGCGAUUGCUAACUAAGCUGGACCAGCACGGCCAAUGCGUCGAGAUCAAUCGAAAGGAUUUCUGCGCUUGUCGUGAAGUUUCUCUGACGGGCUGGACGGAUGCUCAGUUCCGACAGAUGGCCAUCCUGAGCGGCUGCGACUACCUCGAUAAUAUCAGUAAUCUAGGGCUGAAGACCGCGCACAGAAUGCUCCGAAAGCACAAGACUCCCGAGAAAGUGGUUCGCACUCUGCAAUUCGAUGGCAAGCAUCACGUCCCAACCGACUACUGGAAACUGUUUGUCCAGGCCGAACAGACAUUUCUCUACCAGUGGGUCUUCUGCCCCAAGGCCAACGCGCUAGUCAACUUUACUGCGCCGGGCCCGGACGUCAAAGUGGAUGAGUUGUCGUUCAUCGGCAGCUUCAUCGAACCCGAGAUUGCCAGGGGCAUCGCAACUGGGGAUGUGAACCCGAUCACCAAGGAGAAGGUCCUUCUUCCCGACCUUCCUACGCCAAGGAAACGUACCGCGUCGAUGGCUACCCGUGUCACACCCACACCACGUGCCAUUCAAGAGCCCUCGGAGAAACCGAUCGAUUCUUUCUUCAAGAGCCACCGGCGUAUUCCCUUGGGGGAGAUGGAGCCCAAUUGCUUCUCGGUCGAUCCCGCACGGCUGUCUAACAUGACCGAGAACGGAAACCGACCCCUAGUGUACCCUCUCCCGCGGCCAUAUCUCGUCGAAGCCGAACCUUCGAGUGCGAGCUCGCGUCCAUAUAUUAACCGAUCCACCAAUUCGUCUCGUUCUCUGCGACGGCGGACCGAGCCAAUAUCCAAUUUACUCAGCAAUGGUGGGCGCUCUUUCGCUUCCGGAUCACGACGUCAGACAACAGGUCCCCAAGAUGAUAUUCUGAACGGUUCAGGUAGUGCAGGAAUGGCGCAUCUCGCCAGACCACCUAAAAAGGCCCGUUUGUGCGAUGAUGCUAGUUCUGGGUUGAGUCCAGCAAAGGAGAAGAGCAAAUUCUUCCCACGUGGGACUUGCGAUGGGGCGGCUUCCACGACGCUGGAAAAGUAUCUAAUGUCGGACGACUCGAUUGAAGAGGCCCUGAAGGAUCUUCCAGAUUUGGAAGGAUGGGCCGCAUCAGCGAAGGGUCGGAAGGGGGUAGCUAUAUUUCAAGAAGUGCAUACGUUGUCGGCCACCGCCACCCAAGGUACCGAAGACGACGGGAAACAGGUUGAAGACGGCUCCGACAACAUGAGCUCCACGGUUCAGAGCAAUCCAGUUGCAAAUACGCCGUCGGGCAUCACGGAACGUUUUGUCUACGUACCAAGUUCGCAGUCCGACUUGGCGAGUAGCGGACAUAGCUCUUCGCGUAGACAGAGCGCAUCUACAUCCGGUUCUUCCAGGAACUCUCUCGGCGGACUUACGCCUCGCUCGUCCGCGUCUUCCACGCCGUUUUCUUCCGCCACACAGCCCUCCACUGCCAAGACGACGCCGGCGACAUCCCGUUUGACGCCCCUUCAGCGGCUCGGUAUCCAGGCCCUAGGACGUAGCAAGCAGCCGCCUUCGCCUACCUUCGCAGCGCCGCGUCCUCCUAAAGUUUCUAGCUUCGGCAGGCGCAGUCUGGACGCCAUACCUAUCAACCCAGCCUUCGUUCCAUUGCCGCCCGUGGAUUUGGAAGAGGUCGAAGCCCUACACGGGCCUCUCGGCAGUGAGGACUUGCUGCUACACGACAGCGAGAAUGAAGAGCCGGCGGACGAGCAGGAGAAUAUGAGUGUAGGCAAGGCUGGCAAAACCCGAGGCAACUUGGACUUGUCUAGGUUUUUAUUUGCUUGAUGAAAAGGGGAUUGUGCUGUGGCAUGGCGGCCACGCUCACCCUGGGACAAGGGACAACUAGGUGUAGGAUGGUUGUGUAUGAGCAUAGCGCCGGAGUUUCGGGCCAAUGUCGGCGCACGUAGGAACAGGCGUUUGAUGAGGACCGGCUGCUCGGGUUAGGGGCAUACAGUCGCACGGGAUUGACCCCUAGGGAUGGAGGGGAUUCGACUACACAAGACCCUAGGUUAUACGGAUUAUAAAUACAAAUAUGAAUUCAGA